CUUAGCUAGCCACAUCCUCACAACAAACACACAUCCUCAUCAGGGUCACAGGGGAAAGAAAGAAGAAACAGGACAGAUCAAGAGUCUAGCGCUUGAUUCGAGAUUACACGAUGGGCGCGCGGCGAUCUCCGGUUGCCGCGCCGGCCGUGGCCUCUCUCCUGCUCCUGCUCCUCGUGUCCUUCUGGAGCCGGGCGGCGGCGGUGGCUACGGCGGACGGCGGCGCUCGGGCCUGGACGACGGCGUUGCAGCAGCAUGUGGCCUUCUUCGACAGCGACAAGGACGGCAUCGUCUCCUUCUCCGAGACAGAAACAGGGCUCCGUUCCAUCGGCUUUGGAUUUGCUGCCGCGACAGCCGCUGCUACAUUGAUCAACGGCGUCAUUGGACCCAAGACCAGACCUGAAAACGCGACAACAUCAACCUUCUCUAUCUACAUCGAGAACAUCCAGAAAGGGAUCCACACGAGUGACUCAGGCUCGUACGACGCCCAAGGAAACUUUGUCCAAGCGAAGUUUGACGAGAUAUUCAGCAAGUACGGCAAGACAACACCCAAUGCUCUGACAGAGAGCGAGCUGGAGCAGAUGCGCCACGCAAACAGGAAGGACAAUGAUUUCAAAGGAUGGGCGGCGUCGAAGGCGGAGUGGGACCAGCUCUACGGCCUCGCCAAGGACAAGAACGGGCUCCUUCACAAGGACACCACGCGAACUGUCUACGACGGGAGCCUCUUCUACAAGCUGGCCAACAAGACUGGCCCGUCUGGAAACUAAGCGUGAAUGUGUUUUUUUGGGGUUGUUCCGUGUGAAUAAUGCCUGACGAACAAGUAUAAACUGUAAAAGUGGAACCUGUUUACAUAACAUAAGAUAAUUCCUCCCUUUGGCAUGCAA